AUCCUCCAGUAUUUGCACCAUUCUUUGUACAGUCACAUGAAAAUGUACACUACAUUUGUUUUUCUAUUAUUUAUAACCUUUUUCGGUCAAAACUGGGGAGAGCAAGUUCGUUACGAUGGUUUUAAAGUUUAUAGAUUGACACCUAAAUCUCAAGAAGCAGUUGAAAAUCUAAGAACUCUUGAAAGUACUAACAGUGGCUAUGAUUUCUGGACAGAUGUUAGAGGAGUGGGACAUCCUGUUGAUAUAAUGGUUCCACCACAUUACAAAUAUAGAUUUAAUGAUGUAAUCAGCAGCGGUGGAUUCGAUGCCAGAGUUUAUGUACCUGAUGUUCAAAAACUCAUUGACAACGAAACACCUAGAAAAAGCACAAGACAGCUUGAAUGGACUGAGUACCAUGAUCUUGAAGAGAUUUAUCAAUUUUUAAGAGACUUAGUGAAACAGUACCCGGAUAUAGUGACUUUGAUAUCGGCAGGAAGAACUUAUGAAGGGCGAGAUAUUCUUGGGGUUAAAGUUUCCUACAGUCCUGCUAACGAAAAUAGAACAGCUUUUAUUGAAUCUAACAUUCAUGCAAGAGAAUGGAUAACUUCUGCUGUAGCAACGUGGACUUUAAAUGAGUUGCUAACUAGUAACGAACCAAAUGUUCGACAAGUUGCGGAGAGCCAUGACUGGUAUUUUGUUCCUGUCUUUAAUCCAGAUGGAUUUGUAUAUACUAAAACAACUAACCGGAUGUGGCGUAAAACUCGUACGCCUUAUUUCCUAUGUAAUGGUGUCGAUCCGAACCGCAAUUGGGGAUAUCAUUUCAAUGAUGGAGGUUCUAGCGGUGACCCUUGUUCCGAUACUUAUCGUGGACCAUCGGCAUUUUCUGAAACUAGUACCAGAACAAUUUCAGAAUUUAUUACCACCAUUGCACCAAAGUUACAAGCAUAUAUUUCACUGCAUUCUUAUUCACAAAUGUUCUUACUUCCAUAUGGAUUUUCUAGUGCCCAUUUAGAUAAUUAUGAUCAGUUGUAUGAGGUGGGAAUCAAAGCAGCUGCUAGUUUAGCUCAGCGAAAUGGCACUGAGUACACUGUAGGAAAUAUUGUUGAAAUUAUGUAUGUAGCGAGUGGUGGAAGCAUGGAUUGGGUUAAAGGUACAUUUGGAACUCCGAUUACCUAUACUUAUGAACUUCGAGACAAGGGUACAUAUGGGUUUAUACUGCCACCAGACCAAAUUCUUCCAUGUGCCGAAGAAACGUUUGAUUCUCUUAUAACUAUUUUCGAAGAGUUUGAUAAAUUGUUGCCUUAAUUCAAGGAAUUAUUUACUUUGUACUACUGUUUAGUAAAAAAUAAAAAAAUUGGUCCAAGGUUA